AAAUUGGAAUGUUUCUUGACUCUAAUUAGACACAUAAGUUUAGUAAUAAGCAGAUGCUUAAUGUGUUUGUCCAGUUCUAGCGCCUUUAUUGUGAAAUGAAACCGAACCGGAAGUGUGUUGCUGUAUUAGCUAGCAAUGGACGGGUCUAGAGAAGCAACGUGGAGGCCACCCCGAGACUGUGAUCAAUAUUUGAGGGAAUUCAAACAUUGCAAAAGCUGGAGUAAUUCUUUUCACCACUAUUACACUUACGGUACCUCCCCAUCUUGCAAGCAGUGGAAAGAGGACUACUAUUACUGCAGAGAGUGGGAGAAUCGCAAAGACGUCGGGGCCAAGGAAGCCUUGCAGAAGAGUGAGAGGAACAGAGUGGCAGAGCAGAGAAACUUCAUCCCAGUGUGGGAACUGAGGAAAAACCCUCCCAGAGACUGGCACAUGCCUCUGAACCAGGAAAAGCCUCAGAACUCCUGAACUGUCACUAUUAACCUGCUGUCUCUGUUCCAUGGCGGCUAAAGCGAAAUAAAGAUUUGAUAUUCUUGUCACUUAACGAAAUCGUUUAGAACCACAUGCUGGAAAUACUGCUCAUCACUCAUUGCUGUCUCAAGCUGUAUUCAGUGAGCUGCUGUAUGAAAACAGAUGUGUGGCAGUGGCAGCUUCUAGUGGUCAAUGAUGAGUAUGACCGCAUAUAUUCAACAAGUGAAUAACAAUUUGAUCUCUGACGAGGCAGUGUUAUUUCUCUGUCAUUAAUGAUUCAUUCUCUUUUCUCUAAAAGCUUGUGUAAACUGAAGCACAAAGGCUGAUUGCACUCAGAUUCACUGUGUAUUAUUUUUAAGAUUGCCUUGCGUGAUUCUGCACUGGAAUGUACUUUUGAUGGCAUCACACAGGGGAGUUGGACCUUUUAAAUCUGUCAACAUUUCUCAAAAGCUAGAUACUCCUUGAUGAAUAUAUUAUAUACAGUAUAAUAUUUAUGCAUUAAUAUAACAGAGUUGUGCAAUAGCAAUUUUCUGCCAUUUGUAAUUGAUUAAGGUCUUCAUCAAUUAAAAAAAAAGAACUUAU